CGGACUGAAAAUAGCGCCCGUAACGUCAUGGCCAAUUUAGGGAGCAAAGGAACUCGUCAAUUUUAAGUGUAAAUUAAUGAACAUCUUUUCAAGCCCCGCCACCCAUUUGUUUUUCUCCUGAACACGGGCAUGGCGUUCCUUCCUCCUUCGGCUUAAUGUUCACUCCUUAACAAUGGUUCUUGAAAGAGUUGGAGGGGAGUUCCCCCUGGUUAUAGGGGGACAAUUAACGCAUCCUUGGUGGAGGGGACCCCUCCCAGUCCCAGCAUCCGGCGUUUCCGUCUCCGAGUAGACUUAACUCCACAAGCGACGGAAGGACGUGUUUAAUAUUUUCGAGAACCCAACACGAUGACACAUACCCCGGGACUACACGAGGGCUUCGCGAAGUGAGAGAGGGUUGACAGAAAUGAGGGAGGAGGAGAAACAAGAAAGUCAGACAUAAAACAAAACCUGAACGCUCAUGAGGUGUUUCGACAAUUUUAAUUAGGUAUUGGUUAAACAGACCCUCAGCAAAAAGUACAAGGCACCAAGGGCAGAAGCCUGAGUCUCCCCCUUUGACUACAUAAAUCUUUAGACAAGACGCUAAAUUGGCACACGAGGCUUGAUUGGGUCUCAUAAGUCGGUGGUAGCUUCACAUCGAGUGAGCACAGUCAGUGGUAUCUAGCCAAACGUAAAGGACAUUAGCCGACGAUAGCUGAGGCUUUCGACCCAAUUUGAUCAAUUUCAUUACAAUCCAGGGAGUAUCGUAUCCGAGAUUUUGACUCCAGCGAGCAGGGCUCGUUGUUAGCUCCUAACAAGACACUUAAGUUAAUCGCUCCUUAACUGAAUUCAUCAGACUCAAACAGAGCUCCUAAGUUGGAAAAAGGCCACAAACUAUUGUUGCAGACAUUCCUCAGUGUUAACGCACAAACGCGCUAUAUUGAGCAUCAAAUCUGGUUACUAAUCGAAUGCAAUUAGACUCCAUACGGGGCUCAACAUGAUUAAUUUAUUUGGAUAUUUUCUCGACCGGGAUCACCAUGAUAUGGAAAGCAGAGAAGGAACGCCUAUGGAGGAGUCUAGCUAUUGUUCGUCGUCUGUUCUCCCAGAUCCCAGCCAGAACAAAGAUAUGAUCCCCCUCACCACGCCCUCAACGCCGAACCCCACGCCCCUGGGUCCACCUACAGGAGCCACGACGACGACCACCACCCUCAAACCGGCCCUAGACUCCCCGCUCACCGACCGCAGCAUGGACACCUCCACACCGGGCCUCUUGGGCGGUGGCAGCAGUGGGAUACACAAAGCCGAGCAGGACUCGACCAACAACAACGCCGGCGCCAACGGCAAGGGCAGCGACGACGUCAAGUCACCGAUGGGCGAUCCCAAGGAUGACGACAAGAACGACAGCGAUGCCAAGAGGAAGAAGAGGAGAAAUAGGACGACGUUCACCAGCUAUCAACUUGAGGAGAUGGAGAAGGUAUUUCAAAGAACGCACUAUCCCGAUGUGUACUGCAGAGAACAGCUCGCCCUCAGAUGCGAUCUUACAGAGGCACGAGUCCAGAUCCAGGUUUGGUUCCAGAACAGGCGCGCCAAGUGGAGGAAAAGGGAACGCUUCCAACAGUUCCAGAACAUGAGGGGACUAGGACCAGGCUCCGGUUACGAGAUGCCCAUAGCGCCACGCCCAGAUGCCUACUCACAGGUCAAUUCUCCCGGCUUCCACGUCCUCGGUGACUCGCACCAGCCCCCCGCACCCGUAGAGGGUGCUAUGCUCCGAAUCUGCCGAAACCUGCAGAACCUGCGUCGGGAAUUCGACUCCAGAAAAAUUGGGUGCCACCCGUCCAGUUCGGUAGGAGGCACGCCAGGCACCAGCACCGCCAACGAAUCGCAAGACUCCAGCAAUCACUCUUCAAUGAUUCAUCAAGCAUCGCCAUGGGCAACCGCCGCAAACAUGGCCUCGCCCCUCGCAUCCUCCAUGUCCCCGAUCGUCCAGCAGCCCCAGAUGCCCGGCCAGAACCCCAUCAACAGCUGCAUGGCCCCCCAGUCCAACCUCCCCUCCUUCAUGGGUGUGCCCGCCCAUCAAAUGAACAACGCCGGGGUCAUGAACCCCAUGACCAACAUGACCUCAAUGACCUCUAUGCCUACCAGUAUGCCGCCCUCGUCUGUCUCCGCACCGGUCAGCAGCCCAAGCUCCAACUUCAUGUCCAGCGUGGGGGGCCUCAACCCGGCGGCGUACAACGGACAAUACACAGAGAUGCACCCGUCCGUCGAGGGCGUCGGUGGCAUAGAUCGACGUACUAACAGCAUCGCGGCACUCCGGCUCAGGGCGAAGGAGCACAGUUCUGUGAUGGGGAUGAUGAACGGUUACUCGUAAAUAUUGUUUUAAUAAAUACGUAUAUAUUUGUUAUUUCACUCCACAUCAUGUUAAUGUCCACCACGAAUGCAAGAGGACCUCUUAAGUAGGAAUCAAAAUGUAACUUCCAUUUCAAGGAAAUAAUUUGACCAAUCCAAAUCAAAUAUACCACCAAAAAAUAGACUUAUCAAUAACAUAAUAUUAAUGUAAAAUCGUAAAGAUUUUUGUAUUACGAAACCAGAUUGAGACCAAACCUGAAGAUUAUUUACACCAAAGUUACUGAGAAAGAGAAGGAAAAAUUUCAAAAGACAUCAAGAAAUAUUGUGAAUGGGUAAACUGGGCCUAAACACGAUGAAAUUAUGAAAAGUACUUAAAUAUGUACAUGCUUGUAAAGUACAAAGUUCUCUCAUAGAUAAGUUUUUAUAUCGCUUUUCCCCCAAAUCUUGGGACCAUCUAGCUUUUCUGUUUCCACUUCACUCCACCCUCCCCUCCCCUCUCCUUAAUCUUUUAGCAAAUGUGCAAAGAGAUAUAUGAGAAGUACUUUGUGUAGCUUUUAUUACGAAUCAUCUUUGCUCCCCUUAAGACUCUUGAAUUUGAUAAACCAUUCUUCGUCAUUGAAAGUUUUUUUUUCUGUACAAAUCUCAUAGGAUAUGAAUUCCAUAGCAAUAAUUUAUUACAAACAAAAAGCUUGAAUGCAUAGAAGCAAUAGAAUUAGAAUUGUAUAGAUGUGCAAAGAUAUAUAUGUUGUUGGUAUGCUCAAAAUCUUUGCUAGUAACCCUGUUAGGGUGUGUGGUAAGAGGCAUACAACUGUCUUGAGACUUGGAAGGAAUUGAAGGAUGUACAAAGAGGAUGGAAUUUCUCAGUUAUGGGGAAAAGGAAAGUUGGUCAGUAAAUAUAGGUGUAUAUAUUAUUAAUUGUGAAAGUUAAAAGGUAUUAUUGCAUGGUUUGAAAGGGAGUCCUGAAGCUUAGUGGCUAUAGACUCCUUGGAAAGAUGGUAUCUUGAAAGAGGUUUAAAGGCAGUUACACAAAAUGAUGGGGUGUCCCCUGUAGGAUGAACAAAAAUUUCUCAUUCAUCUGUCAAAAGAGCAUAGCAUACUAAAAAAAUAUAUAUAUUAAUGUAUGCAACACGCAAAAUACAUAAAAAUCUGAUAUUACUUUAAACUCAAAUUGCAAAAAAAUGGCCUUGUGGUCCUAUUUUGCUGCAAAAACUUUCACAAAUAUCUUCACGGACUACUCAUUGAAUUCACAGAAGUUUCUCGCACACCAAGGAUAUGAGUGGGAAAAAAUUGUCGAAAUUUGGCGAUGCAGCUGUAUUUUCUUUAGCCAUACUUGAUAAUCAAUAGGACACCCCACAGCCAGUGUAUGGAAGUUCAUGUUGAAUAGAUUCCUCACAAAAAAAUCUGCUAAAUUAGAGCGUAUUAGCCUGAUGAGUGUUUGAGUAUUACUGCACUGUGAUAGCUGCCUGUGCUUGUUCAUUACCUGCAAAACUACUUUGCAUCGCACUGUAGCGCGGGAAUGGAUAAUCGCACGGCAUCGUCACAAAUAAAAACCAGAUCAAAAUGUAUUCAUUAAAUUAAUGUAGACUUAGAUGUAGCAAUGCAUGUAGAGGUGCUUCUCGUGCUUAUUUAGUUUUAAACUCAAUUGCACGGUCUGGGUUGUGUAGGGUUUGGGUUAGUGAGAUGGAAAUCAAGAAUUAUACAACUGAAAAAGCCAUUGAGUCUUGCCUGCGAUGUGCAAACUGACUUACUUCAUGCAUCUCCUGUUUAAUAUCAAAUCUUAAAAUGUCAAGUUUCUGCUCAAAAGAGCAUUUUCAGUUCCGUUUCUUUGCCAUUUGUUAGUCUUUUUUGCCAAUAUUUGCCAAUUUUGUUAUCGUUAUAUUUUCAUCUUGCCAACGACAUGAUCCUAACCUCAUACCGUGAGUGUGCUAAUAAUGUGUGUUACUGAAUUAGAAGUGUGCUAGCCAUUAAAACUAUUGUGAGUGAAAAAAUGUUGCACUUUAAACGGUGCUUGCUGUAGUAGCCAAUCAGAGACGAGUAUCUAACUGUGGCAGGACCACUCAGUCACUCACGGACCAAUAGAAACUCCUGUCUCAUUCUAACGGCUCUCCAAAGCACUUUUUGAAAACACUAAUUUAAUGUGCACUUGGUUCUUGGUUGUGUAACCUUAUCAAUUUGUAUUUAUUAAUAAUUUUGAAUAUUUUUUUUGAUUAAUUUGUGAAUUCCUACUUAGAAUGCAACUCACUGAUUCAUUUGAUAUGUAAAUUAUGCAAGACCUGUAUUGUAGUUUGUUUUUUUCUACUCUUUUUUUUUUUUUAUGUUAUCUCAGAACCAAAGUAGUAUUCAUAUUAUAUCUGAAUUCAUUUUCACACUGUUUUCUCGGAGGCGUCCCAGCUCCUUCAUAUUCAUUAUGCAAAUAUUUUGUGACAAAGAAUUCUUAUUUGUUAAUAUUAUAAUGUGUACCUUUCUAGACAUUGUUUAUAACUAUUCGAUUGUACAGAUAUUUGUUUCAUAAUUUUACUCUGAGCGAGUUUUUAUUGUGAUGUUUUUAUUGAUUUGGAAUUGUUUAUAGACCUCAAUUUUUGUUCCAAAAUAACAUUUCAGCUCGUUUGUUGAUUACAUGGAGCGGGUAUUGAGUAUAGAGUACAGAGAAAGGCUGCAUAUGUACAUAGAAAGCCGCAAGACUGUAUGUCAUGUGUAUCACAGUGACGAGGUCAAAGUUCAAAGUUCAAAACAGGGUCAACAUUAUCUAAGAGCUCAAUAACGAAAUAUGUCUUUAACAAAAAAAAGAUGUGAUUUCUUCUGGCAAGAAAUGAGAACAAGAAGACGUAGUGUUUUUAUUCUUGUAUCUUUUCAUCAGUGAUAACAUUUAUUCAAAUAUCAGCAAUAAUUUGAUUUAGUUUGCUAAAUAAAUUAACAUAAAUGUCAGUAAGAUCCUCGAUAUUUAUAUCACUGUCUUUUUUUGUUUAAAUCAACAUCCUUCCAAAAUUGCCAUCAGAAGAACUGAGUUUUGUAGCAAUAAUUAUUACGCGUACAUCAAUCCUGCCAAAGCAUCGAUAGAAAGAAUUCAAUAUUUGUAUUCAAACUUGAUUAUUUGUGUUCUUUGAUCGUGAUGUUUACUAUAUGGGUUUUUGUUAUUUUUUUCAAUGUACAUUUCCCGUGAUCUAGUUCGAAUAUCCGCACCCCCCCCCCCAAGUACCUUACCAUACCCUAUUUUGUGUUUUUCGGUGGAAAGAGCAUGGAUAUACUUGUACAGAAAAAAGAAGAAAAAAAGAUGGUGAACUUUUUCCCGUUUGUUUGUAAAGUUGAAGAUAGAGUACACAAAAUAUGAUAUGUUUUUAUGUACAGAAAAAUGAUCUCAAUAAAAGAAUAAUUGAUGUCAUUGACAAUGUG